UCUGACGUGCGGUGAAUGUCGUACUAUCGAGUUCGCUCAGUGGUCGUAGACGCUGUAACCGCGUACGUUUAAUAUAUAUUUUGUUUUCUAACAACGUAAUUAUGAGCGACACCGAGAAAGAAUUCAGGGAGCAGGUGAGAAGAUGGCGCUUUAAACGGGACGAUAAUAAGCUCGCUAACUUAGCUUAGCUAUGUGUGCAGGUCACAGAGUAUUUUAAAGACUGUGCCUCCGACCUGCGAAAAGUAUUGAUGUUAUGUAUUAGAUUAACCAUGCCGUUUUUAGAGAUUAAAAUAAUGUACCCGGUGGUUUUCUUAAGUCUACAAUUUCGUGAAGUCAUUAUAACGUUGCUAGAGCUAAAGCACGGGCCCAUAAAGCACAGCAGGUAAUGUGCUUCACCCCCCGACCAUCGCAUAUUCAAUACUCCAUAGCCGGUACCAACAAUAUUAAAUAUAAAUUACUUGUCUAUGUGUAGGUAAACAUUCAGCGAAUGACAGCUAAGUUUAAGUGAAGUAAUUCAGGGCUGCAACUAAAAGUUUCUUUCAUCGAUUAAGUAGUAUGUUUUCGAUUGAUCGAUUACUCACUUGGUCACUUUGGGAAAAUGUUGGUCCUGUUUUUUUCAUUUAUUACAUGUAAUUAUUGAAUAUAGAACAACAUUUACAAUUGAAAUACAAAUAAUGCUAUUAAUCUUUACAUUACAAUUUACAGUUGCAAAGAUUUAUUUACAAAGGAAAGUUACAGUUGAUAAUAUUUUAGAAAGUGCCCAAACCACUUAAUUGACGGAGUAGUUACUGAUUUUUAUAUCCAUUGAAUAAUCGAUCAAUCAACUCAUUGUUGCAGCUCUCAAGAUAAGAGAAAGCUAAAUAGUUAACAUGUAUCAAGCUUACCUAUGUUGUUUUCCUGUUUUUUGUACCAUUGGGUUUUUAACAGAAACCAACAUGCCUUAUCACCCUUGUUUGUUCUUUGUUAAGGUUGAGGUUGGAAGAAAGAAAAAGGCGGAAGACGUUUCAGAUGUGAAGUUGUUAAUGUUUGAAGCUGAUGGUGUUGAUGCAUGCUAAUGUAUUGGAUGCAGAAAAGAAGCAAUCAAGAUCUGUCCCCACUACUAGUGUUGUAAUGGCAGAUGGUAAAUGGGGGAAGAGGAGGAAAAAGAAGUCAUGUCAAAAAGAAGAAAGAAGACAUGAAGGGUUGUUUUGAAGUAAUGAAGUUAAAGAAGUUAUGAAGUUAAGAUCAGAAGUUUUCCAGGGACUCAAGGCACAGCUCGCGGAGUGCAUCCCCUCAGGGCUCGGCCAAAUCUACCAGCCACUCGCCAGCACACUCCAAAGAUGGCUCCCGCCAUUCCAGGUCCAGAUCUCAUUCACGAUCCAGAUCCAAAUCAAGGUCAAGGUCCCACCGAAGCUCGCGCAGGCACUACUCCCGCUCUCGUUCACACUCCCACCGCCGACGCUCCAGGAGCCGAUCUCGCAGCCAGGAGUAUCGACGUCGCCGGAGCCAUAGCCGCUCACCCAUGUCAAACCGACGUAGGCACAUUGGCAACAGGGCCAACCCAGACCCCAACACCUGUCUGGGUGUGUUUGGUUUGAGCCUCUACACCACUGAGAGGGAUCUGAGGGAGGUUUUCUCAAAGUAUGGACCUUUGGCCAACGUCAACAUCGUCUAUGACCAGCAGUCACGCCGCUCAAGAGGCUUCGCCUUUGUCUACUUUGAAAACUCUGAGGACUCCAAGGAGGCUAAGGAACGUGCUAAUGGAAUGGAGCUUGAUGGACGCAGGAUCCGCGUGGAUUUCUCCAUCACUAAACGAGCCCACACGCCCACCCCUGGUAUCUACAUGGGGCGUCCCACAUAUGGUGGUGGUGGUGGAGGCGGUGGUGGUGGAGGCGGUGGUGGUUCAGGCGGCAGCAGCAGUGGCGGUGGUUCACGCCGCGUCUCAAGGGACUAUGACAGGGGCUACGACAGAGGCUAUGACAGAGGUUAUGAUCGCGACUACGAUCGCUAUGACGACCGAGAGUACAGAUCGUACAGACGCAGAUCUCCGUCUCCUUACUACAGCAGGGGCUAUCGCUCUAGAUCGCGAUCACGAUCCUACUCGCCGCGUCACUACUGAGCAGCAUGAGAAGACUCAGUGAUGGAUCCAGUGUUAUUGUUUGGUUGCUUAUUCUAUUUUCUUCUUCGUCUUCUUUUCAUUUUUUGACCAGAUUGUUUAUAUGAUUGAAUGCAGGAUUUGUUUUUGUUUAAAUUUCAAAUCAUUUGUCCUGAAAUGGAGUCUGUUGGGAAAUGGGCACAUCAAAGUGGCUCAUGUUCUGAUUUAGAGAAGAAUCUCUUGUGGUGUUAAUUAGACGAGGAUCCGGCUUGUUUGGGUUUGGCUCCACAGACUUUUUUUUUUUCCAUUGGAAGGAUUUUCUGUGGACGUUUGUGUUGCAGUUUCUGAUUUUGCCGUUUUCUUAACAGAGGAAACAAUAGUUUGAUAUAGGAUAUAUGACAGUUUUUUUUUUAUUUUGUCUUAAAAGUACUUUUUUUGGGGGUUGUAUAUAAGCAAUAAAAGAUUAUUGUGUUUAUAUGCUAUCAUGUGAUGUUGCUCUGCACAUUGCUCUAUUGUUUUUGAAGCACUACUGUUACAUGUGUUGUAAUAUUCCAGUGACGGAAAUUAAAAUAUUACAGCCAUGA